AGCUCUCAGGAAAGAGUUAAGCCCGGAGAGGCUUUGGGCUCCUUUGGUGGGGAGAGGGUUGCUCUUUUGUUUGUUUUGAAGCGCUUGGCAGGAAAGCGGGGAGGAGAAAAUUACCUAAGUGAUAGUGAGGUUGCCACGAACUCCGUAAAAACUGUGAAACCGAACCGGAGAAACUCCACCUCGCAGCCUUGAGCCAGAAGCACAACCCCUGAAGAGAAAGAAACCCACCCCACCAGCGAGUGAGCUCAAAGCCUUGAACUCCAACCAAGCCACAUGAGCUCAGAGCUGCAGCAGGACUGAACCCCCCAUCCCCCCAAACCCCUUCCAAGCUGCCCCGGCCAGAGCCUCCAGCAGGAAUGCUGCUUUUCCUGGGAAGUUUAACAAUGCUGAAGUGGAGGCAGCUCUUCUGGAUCGCCCUCUGUGUCCUGGAGCUCUCCGGAAAUGCUUCUGGGAGCCCCACAGACAACACCACAGUGGCAGCCACUGAGAUCAAAAGCACCAGCAGCAAGGCAGCCACUGGAGCCACUGAGACCCCCAGAACCUCCGGAGCUCCCAGAAGUGCCCAGACAACAUCAGCAACAUCUGUCAGCUCCACCUCCCUGGAGCUCAGCAGUGAGCAGCCAAGCCUGCAGUCCAGCUCAGCCUCCCCCCAGCCACUGGACACCCCCUCGAAGCCAGAUCACACCAACCAAGAGCUCCCCACAGCCGAGAGCCCAGAGAAAGAUCCCAGCACGACAGCAGAAAUCCUCAGGACCACAGUGGCUCUGGAAAACUCUUCUGCCAGCUCGGAGCAUCCUCCCACCUCAGCUACCACCACUCGUCUGCAUCCCGGCAGGGACAGCCCAAAGCCCAUCACGUGCCACAACAUCAAAGAAGUGAGCGACACAGGAGCCAUCUGCUUGCAGCUCAACGAGUCCAACACCUGCAAACACUUUCUGGAGAGGAAGGGACUGGAAUUAUGGAGCGUGAUCUGUGAAGGGAGCACCCACCCCAUCCCCUCCCCCUGCCAGAUCAAACUGGCUAAAUCUGAGGUGGACCAGGACUGCAUGCUCCUCAUCCUCGUCGGUGAGAGAGAUCCAGCCACAGACGUGCUCCAGGAGACUCAUUGGGAAAAGUUUGGAAUAAAAUCCCUCAAGAGAGGGAACGUGAGGAACCACCAGGAUUUUUCUCAGAAGACCCUGAUUGCCUUGGUCACAUCUGGAUUGCUGCUGGCCUUCCUGGGCUUGGCUGGCUAUUUCCUGAUGAAGAGGAGGAGCUGGAGCCCGGCGGGGGAGAGGCUGGCUGAAGACCCCUAUUACACUGAAAACGGGAGCCAGGGAAACACGAUGUUGAUGGUGCCCCCCCAGGAGCAACCUGAGCUGCAGGAGAAGCCAAACAUCAACGGAGGGACUCAGGAGAACGGGACCGGGCAAGCAUCCUCCAAAAACAUCAGCUCAGCCCGGCAGCACAGCCCUGCUGACACUGAGAUGUGAACCUCACUGGGGAGCAGAGAAACAAGGGAGAGGAAGAGGUUUCUAUGGACAGUUAGGGAAUUGCAGACCUUUUUUUUUUAUGAUGAUGAUGAUGAUGAUUUCCGUGAAGAACUUCUUCAAAGUCAGCCUAAAGCGCACGAAGCGGCGGAGCUGCCAAGGAGCUGCUUCCCCCCCUCCUCCUGACCACACAAGACAUUUUUUCACAGCUGUUCUCUGCUUUUGUUGUUAGGAGAACAUAAUGAGAAAUACAAGUGCCCUUAGCCCUGAACAGCUUUUAAGUGGAGGCAGAACAAAGCUACAGAAGCCUUGAGCCGUGCUCCCCACAGCCAGAACUCCUGGUGGCCGUGCACUGGGCUGAUCAAAAUAGUUAAAUUGGGAUUUCAGUGACCAAAACCUCUCUGGUUUCAGAUAAUUUUGGUUAACAGAGUUGUUUUUUUGUCUCUUCUUUAUGUUUAAGUGCAGGAUUUCUUCCUCUUUUAAGACCAUCAGGCAUUUAAUCCUCCUCCUUCUGCUUUGUCUUUAGUAUUUCCUACUCCAGCAGAAUUUGCUGAAGCUCUGUGUAAAACUUCCCAAAUGGAAUUGAAGGUUGAAACAUGAACAGACCUCAAACUUGUUUCUUUUUCAGUCCUACCAAUAUGUAAGUAGUCACUUAGAGUAAAAAUCUUCCCCAGCCUGUGCCCAGAGUAGGACUUUGGAAACAGAAGAUGCCACAGGGCUCCCAGUGGGAUGAGAGCUGGGCAGCAGCCUGGCUCCAUGACAGGGUUCUUCCCUCGCAGUGGAUACAGGAACAAAAAAGAAGUGUUUUUUCCCUUUGGUAAGUGAAGUCCAACAUUAAAAUCCCAGCAGGAGCAGCAGGUUCUGUUCCCAAGGCUCAGCCUUGAGCAGGGGCAGCUCUGGUGAUGCUCCAGAGGCUGCAGUUCAGACCCAAAUCUCUGCUGGCAAAAGCAGCGAAUCCCACACCCAAAAUAAGGAUAAAAAUUUGCCCUUGAAGCUGAUCUGCCCUUGUGAUAGGGAAGUUAUCACAACCUUUCCUCGGUGCUGAAUAUCUGAGGGGAAAGUGUUUUGGUUUUUUGUUUCUUGGGUUUUUUUUUGGUACAGUGUUCAGUCCACCAACACUUUGGGCUGUUUCCACGGGUGAAAAGUCAUUUAAACACCCUUUCAAAAUGCUUCAGGUUCUGUUUGUUUUGGUGUGGGUUGCUUCUCCCAAAUCUCAUUGUAAAUAAUCCCAGCUGAAAGGAAAAAAAAAAAUACCUGAGUA